UUAUGCUCAGACAACCGUCCGAUAGUGCGCAAAUAAUGACUGUCCAGAGUCCGCCGUCAGGGCCGGACGCCCAUCAGGACGCGGAAACCACCGGGAAUAGUCCGGCCGCGUCCAAAGGGAACCGUAUUAGCUUUAGCGUAGCUUCCCUCCUAGCCGAUACGCGACCCCCUAGGUCGCCGACAUCUCAGGGUUCUUCUACGUUACCGCCUGGAAGCCCUACAGCUCCGGCUUCAUCCGAUGAGGAGUAUGACUCGAACAUAGAAGAUGAUGACGGGUCUUUGGUAGACGUUGAGGACUUAAAUCCUGACGAAAAGGUCGAAGACGCGGGUAAACGGGAAGAUUCUUCGCCGAGACCUCGGGAGUUUAGUCGCGAGUCGAUUUUGGGACAUGGACCUAUUAGGCCAACGCCGUUUUCCGCGUUGGCGGCGGUGUACCAAGCCGCGCAUCAAAACUGGCCGCCUCAGGGUAUAAUGAAUCCGUUUGGUGGUCCAGGGCCGGUGUUUCAAGGCUCUUCUCCGUUCGGUAUAGCUGGCAUGAAUUCAGUGGAUGUUAAUGGGGACCCACCUAAAAUCAAGUGCAACCUAAGGAAACAUAAACCGAACAGGAAACCUAGAACGCCCUUUACAACUCAGCAGUUACUGGCGUUAGAGAAGAAAUUUAGGGACAAGCAGUACCUUAGCAUCGCUGAAAGAGCAGAAUUUUCGAGUUCUUUGAGACUUACUGAAACCCAGGUCAAAAUCUGGUUCCAGAACCGUCGAGCCAAAGCGAAACGACUCCAAGAGGCCGAAAUCGAGAAGCUGAAAAUGGCCUCCCUGUCCCGCCACCCUCAUCCGCUUUACCCCCAUCCUGCGUUGCAGGGCUACUUCGGGCCGGGCGCCCACCCCCUCGCUUCGUUGUUAGGCCCCAGGCCAGGCAUGCCGCCACUGGGGCUGCUGGCGCCCCAACCACCGCCGCCUCCUCCUCCACCCCCGCACCUACCAUCGCCUAGCAGAGGAGGGAUGCGCAGUCCCAGUCCGCAUAUGUCGUAACUAAUGGAGGUGGAGGUGUUGUUUUGAUGGACUAAAGUGUAAGAGAGGGGUAGUAGGAAAAAAUGCGUUUUCUAUGGUGCUUUUUAAGAUGCUGCACAAAUAAUCGUUGCAUUUCAUUUCGGUUUAGGAUAAAGCGGAUCCUAUACGCGC